UAUUUGACUACGAGUCCCGCCUUAACCCUUUCAGGCCCAAUGAUAACUUUAAGAUUCAUGUUUUAUAAUUGUAUCUGAAAUAAACCUCAAUGCUCAUAGAUAACAUUAAUGCUUAUCAUUACAUAGAGAAUUUUGUGCCCUUUCAAACGGUCACACUGGUUGUCAUUGUUAUUAUCAUAUUUGGUGAGAAAAACACAUGUUUAUUUGUCGUAUUUCAUAGUAACGGAUAAAGACCAAAACUCAAUUUUCAAACUGAUGUUUAGGUAAGUAAUAUUGAUUUAAUUUUCAUAUUAAAAAUAUUGAGUUAAUAAGAACUUGUUUUUGGAUCGUUAUAACGCAACAUUUUAUAACUUACGACUUUUUUUCAUAAGAUAUAACAAAGUAAAUAAUAUGAUUCUUAUUGUUCUCACUGGGUAGAUAGAAAUAUUUAUAAGUAUUUAGAAUAUGGAUGCCAUGUCCCAAUGAUAACUAUGGGAAUCAUGUGUAUUUUUCUCAAAUAAUCAACUUCAUGAACAAUAUUUUUUUUAGAAAAAUGUCUCGUAUACUAUCUGAUGACAUAAUUGCUGAUUUAUUGAAUGGAGAUGUAUCUGAUAUUGAGGAAUUUGAUGAAGGAGACGAUAUUUCAUAUGAAAAUUUAGAUGAGUUACUAUUGGAAUUUCCUGAUACUGUUGAAAAUAGUAAUAACAUUGUAUUUGAGGAGAUUGAUGAAAACAUUCUGCAGAUUAGAACACAUGAUGUUCCAGAGAUGCAAACAUUGGAUGAAAAUAAUGAUGUGGAAUCAUUUUAUGAAGAUUUUAUAAGACAGCCAAAAUGGGAAAAGGUUCUUUGGAACAGUUCAAAUCAUAAAUGUACUGGUAAAUUACCCAAAGCACAUAAUAUUUAUUCACCAUAUGAAUAUUUUAAACUAUUUGUUGACCAAGAUAUAGUUGAAAAUAUAGCCAAUCAAACAAAUUUGUAUUCAGUCCAAAAAACAGGAAAAUGCAUAAAUACUUCUUGUGAAGAAAUUGAACAGUUUUUGGGCAUAAAUAUGUAUAUGAGUAUAGUAAAAAUGGCAUAAUAUCGUAUGUUUUGGUCCAAUGAAACUCGUUUCCCUACAGUAGCUGAUACAAUGUCGAGAAAUAGAUUUGAUAAUUUAAGAACUUUU